CACAUUGUUCUGUUCUUACUCAAGGCAUCAAAAUACCACAGAGUCUCUCUCUCAUUAAUCAUAAUCGAGAAGAGAGACCAGAGAGAGAGAGGGAGGGAGAACUUGAAAAGCAUUGCAACACACGUUAGGUCCAUUUGGUGUCACACAAAAUGUUGCACAUGGAGCUGAACUAGCUAGUUCGUGUGAAUGCAUUGUUACUUUGUUAGCAGUGUUAUAAUAGUUCCUUCUGACGCCAGUUCUUCCUUGACGUAACUCCUACGGAAAAGUCAGAGAGUGAGUGACCAAAAGUGAAAAAAACUAGAAACAAUUCGUGUUCUUUUCGCAAAGCCAACAAGCCACCAAGACCAAGCACAAAUAGUGAGUGAUAUCACAUUGUUUUAUAUAGUCACACCAUUUUACAAGUGUUCUUUGUCUCUCCAAAGGAAACCAAGAAAGCCACCAAAUGGAUCGGCUUUCAUCAGUAGCUACGUUUGAAAGCAUGCAUUAUGGCAGUGCAAGCCAAGUGGGUUUGAUUUGGCAGCAAGCUAGGGCACCCCUUGUGGUUCCAUUGCUGAAAUUGCUAGUGGCUUUGUGCCUAGCCAUGUCAGUUAUGUUAUUUGUGGAGAGAGUUUAUAUGGGGGUAGUCAUAAUCUUUGUGAAGUUGUUUAGGUUCAAGCCAGAAAAGAAGUACAAAUGGGAGCCACUCAGGGAUGACCUUGAGCAUGGAAAUUCUGCAUACCCUAUGGUCUUGGUGCAAAUUCCUAUGUACAAUGAGAAAGAGGUGUAUCAAUUAUCAAUUGGAGCUGCAUGUGGGCUAUCAUGGCCCUCUGAUAGGAUCAUUAUUCAAGUUCUUGAUGAUUCCACUGAUCCAAUCAUUAAGAAUAUGGUGGAGGUGGAGUGCCACAGAUGGGCCAGUAAAGGCAUAAACAUAAAGUAUGAGAUCAGAGAGAACAGAAAUGGUUACAAAGCUGGGGCUCUCAAAGAAGGCAUGAAGCAUGGCUAUGUGAACUUGUGUGACUAUGUGGCCAUCUUUGAUGCUGAUUUCCAACCUGAGCCUAACUUCCUUUGGCGCACCAUACCAUUCCUUGCUCACAACCCAGAAGUUUCACUAGUCCAAGCUCGAUGGAAAUUCGUUAAUGCUGAUGAAUGCUUGAUGACAAGAAUGCAAGAGAUGUCAUUGGACUAUCAUUUCCUUGUGGAGCAGGAAGUUGGGUCCUCAACCUAUGCCUUUUUUGGUUUCAAUGGCACAGCUGGUGUGUGGAGAAUUUCAGCAUUAAAUGGAGCUGGUGGAUGGAAGGACCGCACAACAGUGGAAGAUAUGGAUCUAGCUGUCCGAGCAGGUCUCAAAGGCGGAAAAUUUGUAUAUCUUAGUGAUCUCAAGGUGAAAAGUGAAUUGCCAAGUACCUUCAAGGCCUAUCGUUAUCAGCAGCACCGAUGGUCAUGUGGCCCGGCUAAUCUGUUCAAGAAAAUGGCAAUGGAAAUCAUGAGAAACAAGAAAGUCUCCAUGUGGAAGAAGUUUUAUGUGAUUUAUAGUUUUUUCUUUGUCCGGAAAAUCGUAGCUCAUGUGGUCACAUUUGUAUUCUACUGUGUGGUUAUGCCAGCAACUGUUCUAGUUCCAGAAGUGGAAGUCCCCAAGUGGGGCGCUGUGUAUAUACCUUCUAUCAUCACACUCCUCAAUGCAGUGGGAACUCCUAGGUCAAUCCACUUACUUGUAUUCUGGAUACUUUUUGAAAAUGUUAUGUCAAUGCAUAGGACCAAGGCAACACUUACAGGUUUGCUAGAGGCAGGGAGAGUAAAUGAAUGGGUCGUUACUGAGAAAUUGGGAGAUGCACUUAAAACAAAAUCAGGAGGCAGAGCAGCUAGGAAGCCUCGUAUCAGGAUCGGUGAGAGGCUUAAUUUCCUGGAACUUAUAGUGGGGGCCUACCUCUUUUUCUGUGGAUGCUAUGAUCUUACCUAUGGGAAGAACCACUACUUCAUAUAUCUCUUCCUGCAAUCUAUUGCCUUCUUUGUUGUGGGGAUUGGCUAUGUUGGCACCUUUAUUCCCAAUCCAUAGAGGAACUCCUUCACCAGAAUUAUUUCAAGUGUCUGUCAUUUGGCUGGCAUUUUUUUCACUACAAGAAGGAACAAAUGCAGUUUCUUCUGCUGGUAGCAACCAUUCAAUUUGUUUUAGAACCAUAUAUUAUUUUACAACCAUUAUUUGUCACACUUUGAUGUAUUACUUGAAAUGCCUUGGAAAGAAUAAUCAAUAAAUUGGAAAUUUGAAA